AUGGCCCUACCCCGUGCUUUGGUUCAGGAGAUGCGCAACGGGCUUUGCUUUCUCUCCAAGGAUGUUGUGCAGGUGUCCAAAGAUGAAGUGAACUUGCUGGACAAAGUGACUUCACAUGCGCAGGACCUCAGCAAUGUUUCAUUUGGCUACAAUGAAGCCAACUGCAGCAUCUUGGAGAUCGGGCAGUACUCUACCCUCAACAUCCCUACGAGGGAGGCAUUUGGGGACAGGUUUGCAGAUGAGCUGAGUGUAUUGAUGAAGCUCAGGUACUCCCUGAAGGAGGACACCAGCCUAGUAACUAUCCUUAGCCAUCGGAGCCAUGUGCUCUUCCAGAUAAGGAUUAACCCACAUGCCUUGAUCUUUGUCACCACGAGGAGGAGACACUAUGAGUUCCCAGUUUCCCUUCUCGGUGAUGGGGCCUGGCACCAAGUUGCUCUCAGCAUCUCUUUGGAGAGGCUGGAGUUGCACGUAGACUGUCGGCUGGUGGAGAGAGUGAGCUGGUCCAAUUACUUUGGGAUGGGAGUCACCACUGAGGGACUGAUCAUCAUCGGCGGCCUGAUCGAAUCCUUUGAGAUUCCUUUUGAGGGUGCUCUGCAGCAACUGAUCUUCGUGAUGGGAGACCCAGCAGCCGCCAGUGAACACUGCCGCAGCUACAACGCCACCUGCACCAGCUCCCUCAAUCUGGAGACUGACUCCAGACCUUCAGGCUCCCUGUGGGAGCGUUCACCAGCUUGGUCAAAGGUGCCAAAAGAAACCAAUGAAAUCCAGGACUCGUCCGCUCAGGAUUCGAAAUUCACCAAUUCUGAUUUGACCUUGGGGCCACCUUGGACAUGGGAGGACUCGCAGGAGACCCUUAGCCUCCAGCCUGAUGGAAAUGCCUUGACUUCAGUCACUGCUACUGACGUGCCAUCUGCUGAGGAGGAGGAGGGAAGCCUUUCUAUUGAGGAGGAAGGCUUUGAGCUGUUGAACUCCACCUAUAAUAAAAUCACUGGCCCUGGCAGGCCAGGGCUCGGCCGAAGUGGCCCACCAGUUGCUCGUGAUUCCAGAACCUCAGCCAAAAUAAGCAGACCAGCUGCCAAGAAGGAACGUGCCUCAGAUCCCCGGGAAGAGAACGUCACCAUGGAAAAGCUGAAGGGUGAUGUGGGCUCCCACAUGUGGCUCUCUCCCAGCAAACCCGUUGAUGCCGCUGUUGAUCUGGACACUCCUUCCGCCUUCUCCAAAGUCUCUUCAUCAGUCAGUCGGACGGCCACCUCCAAUGGAAACGUACCCAAGGUCCUUCCUGAGUCACUGGGCAACGGGGAGGUCGGAAGUACCCUGGAGCGUCCUUCCAAAGCUCCUGUAAGGCCUGAGGCUGCAACAACCCCCCCGCAGGCAAGGCUCAGCAAAGGUGUCCACAAUAUGUACCACAAUAUGGCUGGGAGUGAGGCCAAGGGCCUUGCAGACCACCGAGAGCAGGGGGUCCUGCCAAUGGCGGAUGGACAGCAGGUUCGCAUGAAGCCAGGACCGCCGGGGCUGCCAGGACCACCAGGCCUGCCUGGUUGUCCAGGGAGACGCGGACUGAUGGGACCCAAAGGAGACAAAGGGUACCCUGGAGCCAUGGGGCAGACAGGGCCCCCAGGUGACCCGGGCCCUCCAGGCAUCCCUGGUGUCCCUACCAUCGUUCUCUGGAGGAACUCCAAGGAAGACUGGCUGACGUUCACGCAAUCAUCAUUUUACCAGCUUCUGCAUGCAGGCUGGCCGAGACAACCUGGACCCGCUGGGCCCCCAGGACAUCCAGGGAAGCCAGGAGUACCUGGGCCUUCCGGAUAUCCAGGGGAGCCAGGUGAAAAAGGGCAGCUGGGGUACAUGGGAGAACCUGGACUUCAGGGCAUGCCAGGACGUGUGGGUUACCCCGGGUCGGAUGGGUUUCCCGGGCUGGACGGCAAGCCUGGGCCGCUGGGGCUCCCGGGAGAGCAGGGUCUGCAGGGUUUUAAAGGUGACCAAGGGCCAGCAGGAGAGAAGGGUGAAGAGGGGUUCUCAGGGGACCCUGGCCCAGUUGGGGAGAAAGGAGAGAAGGGAGCAAAAGGGGUGAAAGGAGAAAAUGGUCCUGCAGGUCCUGCUGGGGUUCAUGGGAUGAUGGGUCUGAAGGGCGCCGCCGGCUUCCAGGGCCCCAUGGGCCCAGAGGGAGAAGGUGGCUCAGAGGGUCCCCCAGGCCCUGCUGGCCCUGUGGGAGAGCCGGGCCAGCCGGGAUCGGUGGGGUGUCAAGGAGUCAACGGCUCGCAGGGAGAAAUGGGCCCUUCUGGAUUGCCAGGGCCCCGGGGCCCCAAGGGACCUCAGGGCUUGCAGGGGAGACGUGGACCCCCUGGCCUGAGGGGCACACAGGGUGCAACUGGGAUAGAAGGAUCCUCUGGUCCAAAAGGAGGCAUUGGAGCAGAUGGUGCCCCUGGGCUGCGAGGCCAGCCGGGACAGGAAGGCCCUGGGGGAUUUAUUGGCCUGCCAGGUUCGAAAGGCAUCCAAGGAGAGCGGGGUUGUGAAGGUCCAAGUGGAGCAAAAGGAGACUUGGGAACCAAAGGAGACAAGGGUACAUGUGGACCCCAAGGAGAGAAAGGGCUCCCAGGAAUCCGUGGUCAAAUCGGUUUGCAAGGCUUUCCAGGCCCCCGAGGAGCGGCUGGGCCCCAGGGACCAGAGGGGGAAGAAGGCCAGAUCGGCCCGCCGGGUCUCAAUAGCAGCGAAGGACCUAAGGGAAGCAGAGGACCUGAUGGCCUAAAGGGAACUCCAGGACCGAGAGGAACGAGGGGCCGCAUGGGGCAGCGUGGGCUGGUUGGAGUCCCUGGCCUGCCAGGCUUGCGAGGUGCACCGGGAGCAGAAGGCCCAGAAGGAAAGCCUGGUACACAGGGUCUCCCAGGGGCUGUGGGCAGCCCAGGAAGAAGGGGAUCACCUGGUUUUGCUGGCUCACAGGGGGACAGAGGCCACGAUGGACUCCCUGGGCCAAUAGGCCCUCUGGGAAGACCAGGAGCUGAUGGAGACCCAGGCUCCCUGGGUGCGAAGGGACUAUCUGGAAAGCCUGGCUUGGAAGGACCACAAGGACCUGUCGGCAUGUAUGGUUACCCAGGACCUGUUGGUGACAGAGGGAAGCCAGGACCCAGGGGAGAAAAGGGAGAAGCUGGAGCCCAAGGCCUGCCAGGAUUCCCAGGAAAAGCUGGUCCCAAGGCCCUGCCAGGCCCCCCUGGCCCAAGAGGUCCUCCCGGCUCCCAGGGAAGACCAGGAGACCCAGGUCCUCAAGGACUUCCAGGGCUGCCUGGAGUUCCUGGCAUGCAAGGACUGGACGGCAUCCCUGGGAAGCCUGGUUUGGCAGGAGAAACUGGGGCUCCUGGGCGGAGUGGGGCUACUGGCCUGCCUGGGUACCCGGGCCGGGACGGUCCAGGUGGACCUGAAGGGCCUUUGGGGAGGAAAGGAGAGAAGGGUGAUGUGGGCGAUCCUGGGGAUGCUGGCAUCAGGGGACUGGAUGGAGAGCAGGGACUACCAGGGCUGCUGGGAGUGGAGGGUCAACCAGGACCCAAAGGCGAGCAGGGAGAGGCAGGAGUCCCCGGAGCUCUAGGCAUCAAAGGUGUUCCUGGGGAACAAGGGGACGAUGGGCCAAAGGGGCCACCUGGGAGACCUGGGGAGCAAGGAAAGGAGGGUGAUGUUGGUGACGCUGGAGACCCAGGCGAGCCAGGACCCCAGGGAGAAAAGGGAGACACUGGCCCUAGGGGCCUUCCUGGAGUGCCUGGACAAGGAGCUGUUAUGGGGGACAUUGGAAGAAAAGGACAUAAAGGAGAGAAGGGCCAAGAAGGUUUGCUGGGCCAGGCUGGUGUUAUUGGCGGUGCAGGACCUGCUGGAGCCAGAGGACAGUUUGGUGGAACAGGUCUCCGAGGUCCUCCUGGGCUCAGUGGUCCCGAGGGAGUGAAGGGAGAUCCAGGGCCACGGGGCAUGGACGGACCUGCUGGUGUUGCCGGAUUAGAGGGACUUGCAGGAGAUGAUGGAGUAAAGGGGGACCGAGGCAAACCUGGUCCUGCGGGCUCAGCGGGCUCCUGGGGAGGAAGAGGCGUCCCUGGAUUCAAGGGCUACUCGGGGCCUGAAGGAGCCAAAGGAGCUGUGGGAGCAAAAGGAGAGCUGGGCCGACAGGGUCCUCUCGGGCCACCAGGCGAGGCUGGAGCACCAGGAUUAAGCGGCAUCGAGGGCCUGAUGGGUGCGAAAGGGAAUCCGGGCAAACCAGGAAAACCCGGGCAAAUGGGGUCUCAAGGACGAGCUGGUCCUGAAGGGCAGAAAGGUCACAAAGGAGAAAAGGGCCACAUCGGGCGCAAAGGGGAAGAAGGGGUCCCCGGCGAACCUGGCAGAAGGGGCAAGCGAGGCAAGGCGGGCCAGAGGCCACCGAGAGGCCCCCGGGGACCCAAGGGCUUCCCAGGUGAAGGGGGGCCAGAAGGGCCUCAAGGCCCCCAAGGACCUUACGUGAGUAUCACCUCCGGAGGCACCUACUUGCGAGGAGGUUUUUGGGGAGCUAGCUGUUCCCGAGCCCCAGGGCUGUGGGGAUACUGGCAGUUAGAGCAGAGGCCUGAGGAGUGCUCCUGCCUCUUGGUGGCUGCGGACAAAGCGCGUUGGCUUCUGUUUGUUCCCCCACCUGCUGGGUCCCUCUAG